GGGGAGGCCCUGGGGGACAGGGAGACUAACAAGGAUUACAGCCUGGAACUGCAGGGGCGGCGGGUGGAGGUGCCCGAGGGCCUGUGCGUGGCCGUGCGCUGCUCCUUCUCCUACCCCGAGGUGGGCUGGAACGACUCUGACCCGGUUCACGGGUACUGGUUCCGGGACGGGGCCAAUGUAAACACGAACGAGGAUGCUCCAGUGGCCACGAACGACCCGGCCAGCACAGUGCGGGAGGAGGCCCGGGGCCGAUUCAGCCUCCUCGGGGAUCCCAGGACCAACAACUGCACCCUGGGCAUCCGUGACGCCAGGAGGAGCGACGAGGGGACGUACUUCUUCAAGAUGGAGAGAGGGCCCAUUGUGAAGUGGAACUACUGGGGGACCAAGCUCGACGUGCGCGUGACAGCCCUGACCCAUAUCCACGUCUGGGGGACCCUGGAGUCCGGCCGCCCCACGAACCUGACCUGCUCUGUGCCCUGGGCCUGUGAGCAGGGGACACCCCCCAUCUUCUUCUGGUCGGGGACAUCCGUGUCCUCCCUGGGGCCCUCCGUCACUCGCUCCUCCGUGCUCAGCCUCACCCCGAGGCCCCAGGACCACGACACCAACCUCACCUGUCGGGUGACCGUGCGUGGGGCCAACGGGACUGACGUGACCCUGAUGGGGACCAUCCGCCUCAAUGUGUCCUACGCCCCACGGAACUUGAGCGUAACUGUCUUCCGAGGGGACGAGGACGCCGCAGCAUCUACAGGCCUGAGGAACCGUUCUUCCCUGUGUGUCCUGGAGGGCGAGUCCCUGCGCCUGGUGUGUGUUGUGGACAGCAACCCUCCCGCCAGGCUGAGCUGGGCUCAGGGAAACCUGACCUUGAGCCCCUCACAGGUUUCGAACACUGGGCUGCUGGAGCUGCCCCGAGUACGUGCCAGCGACGAAGGAGAAGUCACGUGCCGAGCUGAGCACCCUCUGGGCUCUGAGCACCUCUCCCUGCGGCUCUGCCUGCAGAGGACCUCAGGGCCCAUGGCAGAGGUGUUUCUGGUGGCCCUCGGGGAGGCGGCUGUCAAGGUCCUGCUUCUCUGCCUCCUCCUCAUCUUCCUCAGAGUGAGGUUCCACAGGAAGGAGGUGGCCAAGCCUGCUGUGGGCAUGGAGGAUGCAAAAGCUGCCAGGGGUUAACCUCUCAGCACGGCUCAUCUGGGUGGCCUUCCUCCAUCCCGGCCCCGGUCAUCCCUGCGCCCUCGCCUCCUCCCUGGGUCCAGGAAUCCACCUCACCUCCUGCUCCAUCCCUCCCCAGUUCGAGCCCCCAAGCGUACUUCCAGAUGCUGCGCGGCCGGACAGCCAGGUGUCCCCUCCAUUGCUGAAGAGUGAGGUGACAGCGCCACAGCCUGGGGGGCCUCGCUGACCUGUCUCCUGCAGGCUCCCCUCCCGGGGCCUCGCUCUCGCUACAGGGGAGUCUCACCACGCCAUGAGGCCAGGCCUGGUGGGCAGUGAGAGCUCACCGGGGACGUCCUACCAUCACGGCCCACUCGGGUCCCCGCAUCCUUCCGGCUCAGGCUGUACUGUCACCCAGGCCUGUGAGUGUGAGUGUGUGUGAGUGUGUGAGUGUGAGUGUGUGAGUGUGUGUGUGUGUGUGUGAGCAGAAGAGGGACAUCCGGCCGUGGACACAGACCACUCAGCACCGCGCUCGGCUCGUUGGCCACAGAGGAGCAUGGGUGUGCAGGCCCGUGGCCUCCGCCACCGCGUGGACUUCUCCAAGGAAGAGAUGCGAAUAGCCGGCCAGCUCACGGAGAGACGCGGAGUCUGGGUCAGAAACGCAGGCCGGACGCUAGGGGGGCCACGCCACGCCUGUUCGGGUGCUGCCCCUUCGGGUGCUGUCCUGAGACGGGACACACGGAACAGAGCGAUGUGCGGGGGAGUGGAGACCCGGACUUGGUGCACGC